CAAAAUAUGUUGAAACACCAAAAAGUGGGGUAGAUCGUCCUCCCUUUCAUUGAUAUGUCCAAAACAGAAUAAUGAUUAGCUUUUAUUGGUUUGGGAUCAUCAUCGAACUAGUUUUCAAAGUUCGUGGAGUCCAGUAGUUCGGUUGAUUGGUUUAGGAGUUUUACAUCAUGUUCAAGAUACCUUUGUUAUUUAUUCUGCAGUUUCUGGUAAUCAACCAAUAUGAAGCCAAACCUUUCCUCUACAACGUGGCCAGCGUACUUACUUCAGCCAGUAGUGCCAGCUCCGUCCCACAAAACAGCGAAAAUAUCGCUGAUUUGAGGAAAUCUGACAGACAAGUGAUUAGACCAGAAACACCCCUAGUUGAGGAGAACGUGAACGGAUUCACUUUCAACGAAGAUCCCCAGACCAACAACGGAUUUGUGCCUAGCCUCAUCCAAAAGAAAGUGAGCAAGAUAUUGAGGAAAUUUCUAUACAUCAACAUGUUCGCUAAUUCUGGCAGCAAACCCACUACCACUACAGACGAAGACUUUGACAGGGAGAAGGAAGAGUUCGACAGAGAAUUCGAACAAGAUUAUGGGAAAAACAACACCAGCGUGAACAUAACUGGAAUUCACAGCGUAAUCGACGUGGUACUACCUUCAAACAUCACCGAGGAAAUUUCGGUACAUCCAAACGAAAUAAUACUUUUCGACGAAAACGGUAUAAUUGAAAAACGCAAGGAGAUCCAAAAGAUUACCGACACUAAAAAGAAAAACGAUAGGUUACAAGAUGUGGGAAUAUUAAGAUUUUCUCCUGGUGACAUCGGCGUCUUCUUCACGGAGUUGUUUGGAAGUCUGGUAGGUUUGGCUUAUGGCGCUGCAGCACAGUUUAACCGUCCGACUGGAGGACAAAAUCGAGCUCUCAUUUAAAAUUGAACACAGUGAUAUUUUUGGUUUUGAUUCGAAGAUGUUUUCUGUGAAUAAAACAA